AGUCAAUUAUUUAUCUUCUAAACCCAAUAGUAUGAGUAAAGACCACAAUAUAAAGCCAAAACUAGAAAACCCCAUUUUUGUAUUUCUUCACAUUUCACUUCUUUUUAACUACAAAUCAUUUCCCACUCCUAAACACAAACACCAAAACAACAACACCCUUUUCACUUUUUUUCUCCCCCUCUCUCUAUUCUUAUGGCUACUUGUAGAAACUCUUCAAGCUUGAGCUUUUCAGACCAAUGGCUUCUUGCAACCAUUGCUCUUAUAAUCUUUGGAUUCUUGGCUUAUGCCGUGUACGAUGCCGCCGUUGCCUCGGCAUCAGAGGUAUUUCAGAGGCUCGUCGUUGUUUCGCCGUUGCUUUUGGUUGUUGCCGUUCACUGGCUAUCUCUCGGCCGCGACGGAGGAUAUAACAACAACCAUUCAGCUGUGGGAUUCCCAUGGGGAGUUGGGUUUCUUCUGCUUUUGCUUCUGUUUCCUUGGAGUGUUGCCAUUUUGUUGCUUCUACUUUAUUUCUUCUUUCUUACUAAUUGAAUUUUCCCUUAAUUCAUUUGUAAGUUCUCAAGUAAAUUACUUUUUUUUUCUUUUCAGUUUAAAAUACCAUUUUGCAAAGUGCUUCAAAAAAAUCUUAAAUUUAAUCUCUGUCGAAGUUAAUAUUUUUAUCAAAUUAGGGUAAAGAAAUAAUAUUUUUCCGUGUAAAGAACUUCAAUAUUUCCAAAACUUAUAGUAAAAAGUAUUAAUAAAUAACAAAGGAAAAAAUGAUUUGAAAAGUUAAACAAUAAACAAGCUAACAACCAUUAAAUUUAAGAUUUUUUUUUUGAAAAAACAUGGACUAAAAUUGAGACAUUCUAAAAUAAUAACAAUAUAUACAUAUAUAUAUAUAUAUAUAAAAUUACAAAGGGAUGCAUUAUGAGUAUAACUUUGUUUCUAUCUAUAUAUGUCUUAACUUGUAGGAUGCCAUUGUCAGUGCAUUUCUGACCUUUUUUGGCUUCUUUUUUUGGGGUCAUAUAUUGUAUAUUUGAAAAGGUUCCAAUUAUCAUAAUUAUCAUCAUGUUAUGGUUAA